CAGCGUGUCUGCGGCCAAAGGAUUCCACCUCGAGAACCUCGAGCCAGGACCUCGAAAGAACAAUCAUGUCUAACGAUGUUGUGCAGGCGAUAGAGUCACUCCCCAUCGGUCGAUUCCACCAUCUACACCUCGCGAGGCAGAUCUGCGCGUGGGCCUGCUUUGCGCUGUGCCAGGAGUGCGCAGCUUACAUCUUUGAUGCUCUGGAGCAACAGUGGUUGCUGAGCGCCGAUGAUCUGGGCUACUUUGCGUCGGCCUUCCCUGCGGGCUGCGUGGUCGGCUCGCUCGCCUCCGCGGCCUUGCUCGACCGCUUCGGCCGACGGCCAGCGCUGGUCGCUGGGACAGCUGCCGCUGCGUUCUGCGGUGCCCUCGCAGCCGCCUCGCCACGCUUUGAGGCGCUGCUGCUGCUGCGUGGCGCACAGGCGGCGUCGUGGGCGUACGCACAGGCGGCGGCCACCGCGUGGUACGCCGAAUUCCUCCCGACGGCCGGUCGUGGGCCGCUAAUUGCUGCUGUCUCAAUCGGGUGGCCUGUCGGCCGAGGGGUCGCCAUCAGCCUCGCCGCGGCGCUGAGCUGGCGCGC